AAGGUUUUGCAAUUUGUUCCUCUGUACAGUCCAUGACAUAAAUGCUACAAGUCUGAAUGGCAGACAAAAUAAACCCUUCAGCGUACUACUGAUCAAUGCAAAUAUUUUAGGACUGCUGAUCUCCUGGGAUUUCAAGCACAACAGUUUCUAGUGUUUAACAAACUGGUGCAAAAAAUAAACAACAAAAAACAUCCAGUAACCAGCCAUUCUUUGGGCAGAAAUUAGAACUGCCAGACUGGAUCAAGCUAAAGCUACUGUCACUCAUAUAAUCACCCUCUACAAUGUUAAACCUUGGGGCUAAUCCUUGAAGAUAAACCUUGGGGCUACGACAACAGAAGAUCACAUCGGUUUCCACUCCAGUCAGCUAAGAACACUCUAUUCUGGACACAGGUUCGCAAUAAAUUGGACAUUUUCUGAAGAUUGGAGGGAAUAAGAAAAGAAAUGUCACCUGGUCUGAUGAUUCUAGGUUUUGCAAAUUUUUCCCUGGUACAGUUCACAAAAUAAACACUACUAGCCUGAAUAAGACAAAAAAAUAAAAAUAAAAAAAUUAACUACAGCAUACAUCAUUUUGUGCGAUCAAUCUGCAAUCCAAGCCGGUCCAGUAAAGUAAACCCACCAUCGUUCGAGGGUCCGACACUGCCACGCUUGCCUUGGACUUCGGAUGUCAUUUUCCAUUGACUUUCUUUAGAAAAAAGUGAAGGUGUCUGCCAAGAGUGCAGCUUAUAACAACAAGCCUGAAAAAGCAUGUGAUAUAAAGCCAGGCUACAUGGCCUGUUUUGGGACUGUUUCCACUCAGGAAUGUCUCCUCUCCAACACUGGUCCAAAAAAAAAAAAGCCGUCUGUCUUCUCUCUUUCUCUAUAAACUGCUGUUAUCAGUUUGUACAAGAAAUCCAGAUGGGUUAUAUUGACCAGGGGAUUAGCAUAAUGGAAAGUUCAUCAUCGCACGUUGCAACACAUAUAGACAUUGUUUCUGUGUUACUCUUCAUCUAGCAUGGAGUUCUUUUGUAAAAUGUUGGAGAGCUUGACGUUUCAUUCCAAGUCUGUAAACUUUUAACCCAGACACUUUCUGGCUAACUGUGAUGUGUGUUCCAAUGUAGAGGACUUUCAAGAAUUAGGUUACUUUAUCUCUAGAACACAAGUUAUACAAACAAACAAACAAAAACAAAAGAAGUCAAGGAGAUUUCACUUCACUUGCAAAAAAAAAAAGACAGUUUCCUGAAAAAACAUCCGCAAAAAGUUCUUUGCUUUUAUACCUGCUGAGUAAAAGUUGAAAGUCAUUUGCCUUUUAUGGAAUGUCUAGCGCAUAUGUGAGAGGCCAUAGUGGGGACUGUUCCAGUGGAGAACUGGGAUCAAAAAUUUUUAUUUCCCCUGCUUGUUCCAAAGUUAAGCUUGCCAGCUUGUGAAAUGACAAAGCCACCAGAAUUUUCGACUGUCAUCCUCGGAGAGUUACAUAAGAGCCACGUGUAGAGCACCGAUUCAAACAUGCACACUAAGUGCAGAGGUUGUAACUCUGCAGUAGAUGUUUCAGUUGUAGCAGUAUCCUUUAUGAAUGUCUUUCAUUACAGCAGACUGUCGCAGGGCUUGUGCUGGCUGGCUGGAAGAACGUUUCAAUAACUCAUCUUGGUUUAAUACCACGUCUGGGCCGGCGUGUCCGUGCUGUAGUCGAGGAAGCUCCUGUUUUGUGCAUGCUGUAUCUGUCUACGAGUGCCAUGUUACACAGCUCGCAGGAAAGGUUCACAGGGAAAUCAGUGUACAUCAGUUGUACCAGCGAGAGCUUUCUCACCUUAAGCUCACAUGUCUGGCGUUUUGAUCAUUGGGAUCCGCAAAGACGCCCGGUCUCACGUGCUUCACCUAUCCAGGAACAAGCGCUACACUCUGACGCCGGAGAAACUCAAGUGGGACAAAUUCAAGCUAACUUACAAACUGCUGUCAUUUCCGAGGAACCUGAUGAACGCCAGCGACACGCGCCGUGGAAUCGCCAAGGCUUUUGCCAUGUGGAGCGACGUGUCUCCUUUCAGCUUUAGAGAGGUGCCCGACGAUGACGAGGCUGACAUCAAAAUCGGCUUCUACCCAGUAAAUCACACAGAUUGUCUGCAGUCCUACCUGCAUCACUGUUUUGAUGGCAUCACAGGUGAACUGGCUCACGCUUUCUUCCCACCUACCGGAGAGAUCCACUUCGACGAUGACGAGUACUGGAUUUUGGGGAACAUGCGCUUCAGCUGGAAGAAAGGGGUCUGGCUGACUGACCUGGUGCAUGUAGCAGCUCACGAGAUCGGUCACGCACUGGGUCUGAUGCACUCGCAGAACCCGACAGCCAUAAUGCAUCUCAACGCCACGCUGACCGGCCGCAAGCUGAUAACGCAGGACGACGUCUGGGGACUCCAGCGACUGUACGGUGCGCAGACAGAACAGCUGGUUUCUUUUAAUACAGUGUGCAGUUGUUUGGAUAGAUUAUUUAUCUGUCCCGCUUGGGCCAGGAAAGGCUACUGCGAAAGCAAAAGAAGGCUCAUGCAAAAGCACUGCCCCCACAGUUGUGACUUCUGUUACACGUUCCCUUUUCCUACCGUCGCCCCGACUCCAAAGCCACCACGGACCAAACACAAGCUUGUUGCUGAGGGAAGGAAACUUACCUUCCGCUGUGGAAAGAAAAUCGCAGCAAAGCAAGGAAAAGUGGACUGGUAUAAAGACGGCGAGCUGCUGGAGUUCUCUCACCCUGGCUACAUCACCCUGAAGGAUGAUCACAUUAGUAUCGUGGCUAACGCGAUCAACGAGGGUACGUACACCUGCAUCGUAAGGAAGAAAAACAAGGUUUUGACCACCUAUUCGUGGAAGCUGCGGGUGCGCUUCUGACCAGGUCAAGCGACUACAAUAAAAUAAUACCGACGGAAACCACAGACCGGUUUUGUCCAAGAUGAGUGCUCCAUUCUCUAAAAAAAAAAAAAAAAGUCUGUGAUCAAGUGCUGUAUAUGAGGAAAAGGAGGACAAAUGACAUACGACCAAAGGCUUACGUUCACCCCGGCACCAUGGAACCUCAAAUACUCGGGCACAUAUUUCCUCUAGAUCCAUACAAAAGCUAUCAGUAUUCUGACGUCAGGGUUUUUCUGUCUUUCUUCCCUUUUUUUGUGUAAAUUUGUUUCCUUAGGUUCUAAAUAAAAAAUUUAUUCUGUGAGAA